GUACCCGAUGCAUGGACGCUCUGUCAGCUGUCAGGAUUUAUUCGGGCAGUCGGGUAUCGAAGGAAGAGCUUCAAACCGACGCUGUGUCUGAUUGGCAGCUAUACGAGAUGUGAUUAACUUAGGAGGCAGGAUAGCAUACUUCGAAGAGUACUUGAUAGCGAUGGACCUACCUUCCCAGCCUCAUCUAGCCCUAAUCAUUCUUCCCAACAGCUCACCGGCGCCAUGAUCUCCGUCUCCUCCCUCCUGACCGCCGUUCUCUUGAGCGCCACGUCGGCGGUUGGCAUGCUGCCGACCACAGAGAGCCUUCCAGGCUGCGGAGAGGUCAAUGUAUUCAUGACUGGCCUCCCUGCGUAUCACCCAUGGGUGAUCAGCCUAGGCCUCGACCCUGCCAUGGUCGAUCGGAUGCUUCGUGAAGACGCUGCACGUAUUGUUAACAUGGGCUACAACCUUAGAGGUGGGAAUUUGGUGUCACGGAAAAGAGAACGGACUGACAUCUUCGAAGUUGCUGUGUUCGGCCCCGAGGAAGACUACGACCGCAUCUUGAAGGAGCAAAUGUGCGCUGUCGACUGGCAUGGCACGGGCGUGGGCUUUGGACUCAGAGCUGGACAGGAUCCGGACUUGACAAUCCAAUUUGAGGACAUUAUUGCUGGCUUCCAUGAGAGAGCGCCCGGUGCGCCCAUCAUGUUCAACUAUAAUGCAAAGACCUUUAGCUGGGCUGUGCAACGACGACUGCCACUCGCCGCCAACUGUACCGAUUCUCCCGGGAAGGACUUGGCAAGUAGACGCAAGCAAGCUCUUGGUCCUCCUUCUGACAUGGCUAGGGCUUCAUCGAGUUUUGCGAAACAUGCAAAACCCCCAAGAAAUGAUUAA